GGCAACAGACUGCUUCAAUUUUGCACAGUGUUCAGGUGUUUGAUGUGAACGCAAAUAAUUAUGAACGUGAAAGAAAAUGCCCGAGAAAUGUUGACGUUUGAGUAAGUUUAGUCGAGUCUUCACGUUAGUUCCAUCUGUUAAAUUCGAGACACGGAUAACCGAACUGAAGAGAAUCCAUUUAAACGUUGGGAGGAUGGGAGAUAAAGGUGAAUUUGUCGGCACCUUCUACUGACUGAAUGAAAUCCAACUAUUUUGCUGGAUGGACUUGACUCGUCCCGUAGGCCUGCACCGGGUACGUACGCACCCGUAGUACGGUACGGUCGGGUAGUGUGAGUGAGUGAAAAGUAGCCUUCCUACACAAAAACAUUGAAAUGGCUGGUUUUAGUCCGUUUCUGCUUUCUGCUCUUGCAUUUGGGCUGCUUCUUUGCCAAGCAUCAGGCUAUACCUGUGCCUACAAGAACGAGAAAAUCAGUGGUAACGUUGCGACGGAGGUAGAUGAAGUUGUAGGAGUGGUGUUGCCGGACAACAAGAGCAUCGUAUGCGACAGGCGGCUGGACUCCUGUUUCUCCUUGUGGUCCAUUCGACCAGGCAACGAUGACAUCUUUGUCUCCAAACAAGGUUGCUGGAAGUUUGAAGCCGGGCAACAUGACUGCAAUCAGGAUGAGUGUAACUCGUCAGCUCCACCCAUAGACUCCAUGCAGCGGGCCCACAACGUCACCAGUCAGUUCUGCUGCUGUAAAGGAGACUACUGCAACGCCAACAUGAGCAGUAGUUAUGUGCCUCGCCCACCGUUGGAACCCACCCCCUUUGGACCUAAAGAUAUAGUAACGUCCCCACCUAAGAAUGACGAGAGUUGGACUACCAUCAUCGUUGUCAUGGUCUGCAUUCUCUGCCUCUGCAUCGCUGUUCCUGUCAUCUUCCUGCUCUUUCGUAUGUACCGCAUCCGUAGCCUGAAAUCCAAGAUGGACCCCUUGGGCAUGCUGGAAGCCGCGCCGCCAGAACCCAGCGUGGACCUAGACCAACUCAAGGUCAUGAAUCUCGUCGGGCAAGGGCGGUACUGCAACGUCUACCGCGGCAUUUUGGAAGAAGGCGAGGUAGCCGUUAAGAUCUUCGCUGGAGCCUCGCGACAGUGCUACCUGAACGAGGUCGAGAUGUACAACCUUGCGCACAUCGAGCAUCCCAACGUGCUGAGGUUUCUCGGCAGCUCAGAGAGAAUGGGCCAGGAUAACUGGCCCGAGUAUCUGCUCGUAGCGGAGUACAUGUCUCACGGUUCCUUGAUGAACUAUCUGAAGGAAAACACGUACGAUUGGCUGGGUAUGUGUCGGCUUGGUCAGACAGCCGCUGCUGGCUUGGCUCAUCUGCAUCAAUCAGUGGAUAAAGGAGGUUCUUCGAGGCCGGCCAUCGUCCAUCGAGACAUCAACAGCCGAAACGUUCUGGUCAAGUCGGACCUGACCUGCGUCAUCGGUGACUUCGGCUUCGCCAUGAAAGUCUUUGGAUCGUCCGUGGUACGGGAGGGAGACGAAGACAAUAGCACCAUUACUGAUGUCGGCACGGUGCGCUACAUGUCACCGGAGGUCCUGGAUGGAGCUGUCAAUCUACGGGACUGCGAGUCGGCCCUCAAACAGGUGGACAUCUAUGCUUUGGGUCUGGUCUUGUGGGAGAUUGGCACAAGAUGCAGCGAGUUAUACCCAGGUGGCGAUGUUCCUCCUUACAAACUGCCCUUUUCCGAUGAGCUCUGCCCACACCCAACGUUUGAAGACAUGCAGGUGCACGUGUCUAGAGGCCGAAAACGACCUGCUUUCCCAGACGCGUGGAAGGAGAAUAACCAGGCACUACGUUCUUUGAAGGAGACAAUAGAAGACUGCUGGGAUCAUGACUCGGAGGCCCGCUUGACUGCCCUGUGUGUGGAGGAACGCAUCAUUGAACUGAUGGUGUUGUGGGACAAACACCACACCGUCAGCCCCACAAUCAACCCAACCUCUGAAGGGAUGACGUCAGCCACGAUAACCCAUACUCGAGGUCAUCCAGACCAUGGUCCAGGGACUGCCACCACAGCCACGGUGGAUUCAGGUGCAGUGACCUCCCAUCUGUCGCAGCCCCACUCUCACGCUGACCACGCCAUGACGGGGGAGGGCCCAGAGGGCGGGUUUGGGAUGCGCUGUGCUCCGACAGGCUCCGUCAUUGAGAAGAAUGAGCGGCAGAGGCUUCUGUCGCCAGACACCAUCAGCACCAGCCUCUCCGCUCAGUCGGAUCUCAACCUGAUCGACCUGUCCACCAUUGCGCCCAACGUUGACCCCAAGAACCUGCACUACUCCGACGAGAACAUUGAGAGGUUCACCUCCGACCUCAAGUACGGUCGUCCGUACAGCACCCCUACGGAGAGCUCCGAAGGGUACGGGUAUAGCGAGCCUAACACCUCCCCCAGCCAACCUCUGGUCAUGCAUGAGAUGAGACCAAGCCUUGCUGGGGACCAGAUGACCGAUAAUCUUGGAGUCUGGAGCAAACGACACAAUCUCCACCGACCAACCAGCUUGCCGGUCUGGGGUCAGAUGACCGUGAAUGAAGCCAGAGCGCAUACUCAUCCCCACCACGCUUUGACCGACUUAGGAAGCGAGUCACGACCGGGUAAGCCUGACGUCAACAAGCAACGUCAACAAGCCAGGGCUGCUGAGCAAGCUCCCGUCACCAGCCCGAAACAAAACCUCCCUCCUAAAGAAAUGGAGGCGUCCUCGUCUGACAACUCCUCCAGUAACGGAUCCUGCAGCAGCCUCCAUUCUACCUUAUCCGAGGGGUCAGCAAACAGCUGCGAGUCGGAUCACAGCCGGCGACCCAACACCCUUCCUCUGCCAACCAACAGCCACGGGUCCAAGAAAAAGCUGGUGGCAGUUUACAUCCCGGAUUCAGGCCCGACCACUAAAGUCCAGACAGGUAUUGCCAAAAUGGACAGCGUUGACACCCAGUGUCACCCGGUCAAAGUGGCGACCAAUGGUACCCACUGUAAGAACAAACCCGGAGAACCCAAAGUGACCUGCAGAGCCAGGGUGCAACCCUCUGAGACAAACCCAUCCAACGCCAGGCCCUUGUCCUGGUCAGUUGGAGACAAAUCAAACGACGAGUCAGACUCUGGGAGUCUCCUGAAUGGGAACUCCAAAUCCAAAGAGUGCGGUGUAAAUAUGGACUCCAAGAAGACGAAAAGGAAAGUCACACCCUAUAGAAUAGCAGGCUCAAAGAAACUCUCCGUUUACAACGGGAAGAGCCAGGGCAGCGUGUCGUCUGAUGACGGCUCUCCGGAAUCUGACCAGGCUAGCGACUCAUCCGAGAACAGUGCUAACAACAAUUCCGGGGACCAGUGUAACGGUACUCCGUUGUUGACACAGAAUGGCCAUGCCUUGCAGCCUGGUAAACACGUCACAAACGGUACGACGUCUGCCGUCAACCGGCAUGCUGUGCCCACCGCAGAUAAUACCUUCCAGCUGGGCGGGGACAAUCUGCAGUGGGGCGGGCCAGGGAAGACGGGAAUGGAGAACGGACCCAGAGCUAACUACCAGGUCUCGUGUGUUUGAGUCAAAUCUCUGAGUGAUGUAAGCAUUUAAACCAAGGCGAUCUGUAACUUAAAUCCAAAAGAUUCCUUUGUGUUAUUUUAGAAAUGGAAGCUUCACAAGCAUUUUGUUCCUCACAAGCCAGUAUCAUCUUGGUUUAAUAUUUUCAUAUUAGAGCGAGGUCACAUAAAAUAUAAUGUGAAGAAACCCAGCUCUAAUCCACUUAUUUGUUCAAUCUUAUCCUGGUGACGAAGUGUCCUCAAAUCACCCCAAAAGACCUUGAAAAAACCACUCUAGCCUUGAUCUAGAGGAGCCAUCAAAAUUUUAAUUUCAAGAGUUAAUAGCGUGUAAACCAGAGACAGAUUUGUUUGUCUGUUGUGUCCCAAUGUAUUUGUUCAGCAUUGAUAACAUAGUGACGUCGACAAUAAACAUAAUACGUCGGUCA